UAGUCACUUGAGAUAGCUGGAAAGUGACCUUAUACCCGUGUAAAUUAUCUUAUUCCCAUACACACAAGAUAACCUAAAUGUAGGCUUUUAUGCAUUUUCAAUAUCCUUAUCUGUCAUAGGAAGUGUUUUCGCCACCUGGUGGCCAUUGAGAAACACUGCCAGGGGUGGGGAUUGAACACUCAUCGCUCUAGACGCUGCCGGUGUUUCGAAUUAAGCUAAUUUCUUUGACAAUUUCAGUGUCUAAUCACAAUAAGGGAUAACCAACAGAAACAGUGUUCAAAGUUUUAAGGAAAUUGUGUGAAAUGACCGGAAGAUUGCCGGCUUGUGUGAUCGACAUCGGGACUGGGUAUUCCAAGCUUGGUUAUGCUGGCAAUAAAGAGCCUCAAUACAUCAUUCCCUCAGCCAUAGCAAUUAAAGAAACAGCAAAGGUUGGUGACCAAGCUGCGAGAAGGUUAGGUAAAGGAAUUGAAGAUCUUGACUUCUUUAUUGGUGAUGAAGCCCUGGAAGCAGGAAAUGGAGGAUAUUCAGUUAAAUAUCCUGUACGACAUGGAAUUGUGGAAGAUUGGGACCUCAUGGAACGGUUUUUGGAACAGAGCAUAUUCAAAUAUCUGCGGGCAGAACCAGAAGACCACCACUUUCUGCUCACAGAACCCCCUCUAAACACACCAGAAAACAGGGAGUACACUGCUGAGAUUAUGUUUGAAUCUUUCAAUGUUCCUGGCCUGUACAUAGCUGUUCAAGCAGUCCUAGCUCUGGCAGCCUCUUGGACUUCGAGGCAGUUAGGUGAAAGAACCUUGACUGGUAUCGUGAUUGAUAGUGGUGAUGGAGUAACACAUGUGAUCCCAGUGGCUGAAGGAUAUGUUAUUGGUAGUUGCAUAAAGCAUAUCCCAAUUGCUGGUCGCAACAUUACAUAUUUCAUUCAAUCCCUUCUGCGUGAAAGGGAAAUUGGCAUUCCACCCGAGCAAUCGCUUGAGACAGCCAAGGCCGUUAAAGAGCGUUACUGUUACAUUUGUCCAGAUAUCGCAAAAGAGUUUGCCAAGUAUGAUGCUGAACCUAAUAAGUGGAUGCAGAAAUUUGAAGGCCUCAAUUCUGUCACCAAGCAGCCAUUUGGCGUUGACGUAGGCUAUGAACGUUUCUUAGGACCAGAAAUUUUCUUUCACCCAGAGUUUGCCAACCCCGAUUUCACAACACCUAUUUCAGAAGUUGUGGACACAGUCAUUCAGAACUGCCCCAUUGACGUUAGAAGGCCAUUGUAUAAGAAUAUCGUACUGUCAGGUGGAUCGACCAUGUUUAAAGAUUUUGGUCGGCGGUUGCAACGAGAUAUCAAGCGUGUUAGUGACGCUCGGCUCAAAAUCAGUGAACAGUUGAGUGGAGGCAAACUGACGCCGAAACCUAUUGACGUCCAAGUCGUAUCACACCACAUGCAACGCUAUGCGGUAUGGUUCGGUGGAAGUCUACUUGCUUCAACGCCCGAGUUUUAUCAAGUUUGUCAUACUAAAGCUGCGUAUGAAGAAUAUGGGCCGAGCAUUUGUAGGCACAAUCCAGUGUUUGGAACUAUGACAUAAAUCUACCUAUAGAACAAAAACAAAUCAAGGUACAGCGCGCAAAAAGGAAGCGCCUUAAGGCAUCGAUCAGAUCGAGGUUUCCUCUGUAAUAAUUCAAUGUGUAAGGAGGGCCGUAUCAAAUGUAAUUAUCAUUUCACAGAGAGGAAAGUGAACAAGUUUUUUUCCGUUUAUUUUUCUCCCUUUUCUUUCCUCAACUGACCCUCCAAUUUAUCCUACUAGCAUUUGUUUUUGCAUCCAGCUUACCGCUGCUGCUGUUUCCCUGACACCAUGCCUACACUCUACUCCCCUCUCCCAAGUUGACUUGUCUUCCCCGUUUUACUGAGAGAAAUGAUGGUGCUUGUUUGUUUUCCUCUUCCCUCUGGUCUUACUUUAUUUUUUCUUUCCCCUUUUUCUACAUACUUUCCAAUUUUAAGUUCUUGGGUGAUUUAGGGUGAGCAACUUGAGUUGAUUGGUAGAACCGGAUUUGUUCAAGUGCCUGUUGUUUGUUGGCUUUUCAACGAUUUUCCGUCUCUACUAAAGUUUUCCGUCUUUGCUCUGUGCGAGUGUCUGUUUACCGGAAUAAUUAACUGGGUUUCAUUAUCAUUCUUAAUUUUAUUAAGUGAUUCACCAUUUACUGGAUUUUUGGAGUAACAGUCAUUCCUUGUCUAUUUGUUUUCAAGGCCAAGUGCUUGGGUGGAAGCGUAACUGAAAAUGAAAAAUUUAAUUUGAUGCAAAUGCAAUGAAGUCGUUGAACUGUAAUAGUCGUCAAUAGGUCCCCCCCUAGUGGUGAUAUUGGGUCGUAAAUGCAAAAUAACCUGUCGAUUAUGAGUGAUCCCUGCGUAUUGGAUGUUGCAACACGCCAACUGCUAUUCUCACUAGUAUUCUGACGUCGUUACUGUCGCAUCAAACGCAAUCAAACAACUAACGUUCGCUCAUCCACAAUCAGUCCCCUGUUCACCCUUUUCUUCCUCUUCUAUAUCUUUUUCCUACACCCACUCUCAUCGUUUGAAAUUGUUACACGAAGAAAGAAAAAAAAUAAUUGAAUUCUUGUCACUGGCAUGUCAUGGAUUUAGAUAAUACAUUACCCGAAAUACA